GUUGGAGCUUUAGUCGUAACCAAGGUUGCAAGCAGAUCUGUCUUUAUCACGGCAGGUGUCAUGCUGACUGUGUGUGGCAUGCUGGGUAAAUUCGGUGCUGUGGUGAGCCUCAUUCCUACUCCAGUGAUUGGUGGAGUGGCCCUAGUGACAUUCGGAAUGGUGGUCGCUGUCGGUCUGUCUACUCUGCAGUUUGUGGAUCUGUCUUCAUCGCGGAACCUCAUGGUGCUUGGUCUGGCGUUGAUGUUGGGCAUAAUACUACCACAGUGGGCGAAAAACAACCCCAGAGCUAUUGACACAGGUCACGAUGAGUUGACCCACAUCUUGAACGUCCUACUUGGAUCUCCCAUGCUGGUGGGCGGCAUGGUUGGGUGCAUCCUCGACAACAUAGCUCCAGGUAACUGGACUCGUGAAGGUCCGGGUUAGAAUGAA